GUGUUGUGCCCUGCGGCUUGCAGAGAUUGAUUGGUUAGGGACUUGGGGUUGUAAAAACUUUGGGGUAGCCUGAAAAUGGGUCUCUCUCUUUCUCCUUUGGCGCUGAUAGUCCUUCUUGCUUGUUUAACUGCUCUUCAUCAGUGUAAUGGCAACCCCUUCCGUAGAAACAACCCUUUUCGUCACCACCAUCACCCUCGCUUUGCCAAGCAUAACUACAGAGAUGCACUUACCAAAUCUAUCAUGUUUUUCGAAGGCCAAAGGUCAGGGAGGCUUCCUUCUAACCAGCGGAUUACUUGGAGAAGAGAUUCUGGCCUCUCAGAUGGUGCAGCCAUGCAUGUUGAUUUGGUUGGAGGAUACUAUGAUGCUGGAGACAAUGUGAAGUUCGGAUUCCCUAUGGCCUUCACCACCACCAUGCUUUCUUGGAGUGUGAUUGAAUUUGGUGGGCUGAUGAAAGGAGAGUUACAAAAUGCCAAACAAGCCAUCCGUUGGGCUACUGAUUACUUGCUCAAAGCAACCGCACAUCCAGACACCAUCUAUGUUCAGGUUGGUGAUGCAAAGCAGGACCAUUCUUGCUGGGAAAGACCAGAAGACAUGGACACUCCGAGAAGUGUUUUCAAAAUAGACAAAAACUCUCCUGGUUCUGAUGUAGCAGGAGAAACUGCUGCUGCACUUGCAGCUGCCUCUUUGGUCUUCAGAAGAAGUGACCCCACUUACUCUAAGCUUUUGGCUAGGAGGGCUAUCAGGGUAUUUCAGUUUGCUGAUAAGUACAGAGGACCCUACAGCAAUGGAUUGAAAAAAGUUGUGUGCCCAUUCUAUUGCUCUUAUUCUGGUUAUCAGGAUGAACUACUGUGGGGAGCUGCUUGGCUGCACCGAGCCACCAGGAACCCGACCUACCUAAACUACAUUCAGGUGAAUGGACAGAUACUUGGAGCUGCCGAGUUUGACAACACUUUUGGAUGGGAUAACAAACAUGUCGGAGCAAGGAUUCUUCUUUCCAAGGCAUUUCUCGUUCAAAGACUGAAGUCUCUCCAUGAUUACAAGGGACACGCAGAUAAUUUCAUUUGCUCUCUCAUUCCAGGGGCCCCAUUCUCUUCAGCUCAAUAUACUCCAGGUGGUCUCCUGUUUAAGAUGAGUGACAGCAACAUGCAAUAUGUUACCUCCACUUCCUUCCUGCUUCUUACCUAUGCCAAGUACUUAACUUCAGCCCACCAGGUCGUUAACUGCGGUGGCACCAGGGUCACCCCAAAGAGGCUCCGAACCAUUGCCAAGAAACAGGUGGACUAUCUGCUAGGUGACAACCCCUUGAAGAUGUCCUACAUGGUAGGAUAUGGCCCAAGGUACCCACAACGUAUACACCACAGGGGCUCAUCUUUGCCGUCGGUUGCAAAUCACCCAGCCAAGAUCCAAUGCUCCACAGGCUUCAAUUUCAUGAAGUCUCAAUCCCCCAACCCCAACAUUCUGGUGGGUGCAGUCAUUGGUGGUCCUGACCAGAAAGACAGGUUCCCAGAUCAACGGUCCGAUUAUGAGCAGUCUGAACCAGCAACGUACAUCAAUGCACCCCUUGUCGGAGCGUUAACUUACCUUGCUCAUUCUUUUGGUCAGCUUUAGGGCCCUACAGGCGUUACUACUACUACUACUACUUUUUAGGGUUAUCAGCAACUUUUUAACAUAUUUAGGUGCUCGUAAUGUAUUCCCUUUUAGUUAAUUUAAAAAUAUUAAAAGGUUAUAGUAAUAUUCCUCUGGAAGUGCACAAGGCGUCGAGGCAAAUGGGUUCAGACCUAAGGCUCGAGCCACAAACCUUGAAGACUGAAUGCACAAUUGUCAAGGAUGAAUGCCAUUGUGGGGGCGUGCUUGUUUUUUCAUCUAUAACAAUAUUAUUAUCAUUGCCAAGUGUAAACAGUUAUCAGCCAUUGUGGCGUUGUCGUGCAAAGAACGGCGUUCAAUUGUAAUGACAUGCUCAAGCUCAGACUUAUGGGCUCCAACAAGUGAUAAGCAGUUUGGGGGCUCUGCUUUUCUUUUUUAAUGUUGUUUUGGAACUUGUAAUAUGCCUGGUCUACUACUAGUGUUUAACUUGUAAGGGCACCUCUUCUCUCAA